ACGGGCCGGGAACGCCGACACCGCCCUCGCCGGCAUGAAGCCUCCACAGCGGCGGCGAGCGGCCCCGGCGCGCUACCUGGGCGAGGUGACCGGCCCCGCGGCCUGGAGCGCCCGCGAGAAGCGGCAGCUGCUACGACUACUGCAGGCGCGGCAGGGCCAGCCGGAGCCGGACGCCGCUGAGCUGGCUCGAGAGCUGCCGGGCCGCAGCGAGGCGGAGAUCCGGGACUUCCUGCGGCAGCUCAAGGGCCGUGUGGUCCGGGAGGCCAUUCAGAGGGUGCAUCCCGGUGGCCCUCAGGGUCCGAGGCGCCGGGAAACACAGACCCCGGCCCCCAUUGAGGUAUGGAUGGAUCUGGCUGAGAAGAUAACAGGCCCGCUGGAGGAGGCCCUAACUGUGGCUUUCUCACAGGUACUCACCAUCGCUGCCACGGAGCCCGUCAGCCUCCUGCACUCCAAGCCCCCCAAGCCCACACAGGCGCGCGGGAAGCUACUGCCGCUCAGCACCCCUGGGGGGCGGGAGGACACUCCUGGCCCCGCCCCUAAGACGAAUGGCCCGGUCCCCGAGGCACCCUCUGCAUCCCUGGCUGACCCCUCGGCGGAAGGAGACUUCUCCGUGGACUUUGAGAAGAUCUACAAGUAUCUGUCGUCUGUUUCCCGCAGGUGCCAUGGCCCUGAGCUUUCUGCAGCUGAGGCAGCGGUGGUCCUCGACCUGCUCAUGGCGCUUCCCGAGGAGCUGCUGCGUCUGCCCUACGAUGCCCUGGUUAAACACAUGUCGGAUAUGUACGCGCACCUGACCGCCCCUCAGCACGAUGCAGCCACUGAGGGCCUGGCGCCCGGAGCUGAGGACGCCGGGACAACCUCCAGGGGGCAAGAGGAGGCCAGCCAGGCCGUGCCCCAGGCCCCUGAGAAUGCCAGGACCAGUGAACCAAAGUCGGCUUGGCAAGCAGCUGGGGUCUGCCCCCUGAACCCGUUCCUGGUGCCCCUGGAAUUUCUGGGCCAGGCAGCCACCCCUGCAGAGUGAAGGCCGGGCAGGUGGAGGACACAGCAGACAUCUGUGAGCCCUCUGGCCCUCAGUCCUGCCUGGGCUGGCCCUGCGUUGUCAGGAGGACCCAGUCUUAGUGGAAGGUCCCUGGACAGUGGGCAGCAGGGGGUGGCCUUUAAGAUGACGCACACUGCAGGGGUCUCCGAAAUAGCGGCACAGCUAUACAGGGGUUUGGCCACGGAACUGCAGUGGGGGCAGCUUGGCUAAAGUCACUGUCAAAUACUACUCUCCCCCCCGCCCCAGCUCCUGUCUCUUCCAACAUCCUGUAUCCUGUAACUGUGAGUAAAGUUCUUGUCAAUCUGU